AUGAAUAGGGAUGGAGUAACUAAUGGAGGAGGAGUUGACGAAAGAAUUAAUAAUAUGAAACAUUUGUUUUGUAACAACCCUCAAGAAAUUAAAAAAGUAAAUGAAAUUAUUGAGGAGACGGAUAAAGUUUUGUACGAUUUUGCCGUGAACGAUGAGGAGUACUACAAAUAUACUUCCCUGGACCAGGAGUCCCACUUGUAUUUUAAAAAAGUUAACAACGUAGACGUAGGAAAACUGACCCUUGUCUUCCACGACGCCACCAAGCUCGAAAGGUUAAUAGAAUUAAUAUGGGACGAAAAUGGAGCCAAAAAAUUUGACCCGUAUUUUAUAGAAGGCAAAAUCCUGCGCGUGUAUAAUAAAGACCUAAUCCUACUGCAACAGAGCUAUAGGGGCACACUAGGAAACGAGGGAAGAUACUUUUACAUUCUUGUGCACAAAAAAAAAAUAGACAAUGACACCUACCUAAUUUCGUGCGCCUCGGUAAACGUUGACGAUCAAAAGAAAAAUCAAAGCACGUUCACAAACCCGUUAGUCAGUAGUGCCAACACCCUUUCACUGGACAUCGAAUGUGACGAACAAAUUAAAAACGCCUCGUUACGAAAAAUGUUUGUUAAUGUGUCUGGAUAUUAUAUAAAGAGGGAAGAGGACCACCUGAAUUUUACCUACAUAUCUUCGAUCGAACUUGACACGUCCUCUUUGAUUCCGCAAUUUAUCAUACGCAAAGUUAAGGCAAGUAAAAUGACCCAACUGCAAACAUUAAAAAAUUACCUCUGAGAAUUAAGCUUGUAAAAAUAAAUUGCAUAUGUGUAGUAUAUGUUACAUCUGUAUGAUAGCUAAAUUAACAUCGUAAUUUUCCCUCCAUUUUUUUUUUUUUUUUUCUUAUUCAUUUUUAAUUCCCUUUUGUAAUUGCAACGUGAUAAAUUUUUUUUUUUUU